UUUGACCGCAAAUACAGCCGGUUAUUUCUUGACUUAUCGUUUACUAGACAAUAAACAAAGAGUGGCAGAGUAAAAAUAAUUUGGUGUUUAUGAGCUGAUCCACUGAUCUACGGCACACCCGGGGAUACAAAACAAACUCACCCGCUCUCCGUCAGGCUAACAGUCUGCUAGCUUAGCAUAGCGGAGAAACAUAGAAGCGACACAGAGAAGACGACAUGGCYACGGCUAUAUAUUUGGAGCAUUACCUGGACAGUAUUGAAAACCUGCCCUGUGAGCUGCAGAGGAACUUCACUUUGAUGCGGGACCUGGACAACAGGACUGAAGAGAAGAAAGCAGAGAUUGACAAACUGGCCGAGGAGUACAUAGCCAAUGUGAAGAACCUGGCGUCAGGGCAGAGAGUGGAGCACCUGCAGAAGAUUCAGAACGCCUACAGCAAGUGCAAAGAGUUCAGUGAUGAUAAGGUGCAGCUGGCCAUGCAGACGUAUGAAAUGGUGGACAAACACAUUCGCCGGCUGGAUGCUGACCUGGCUCGCUUUGAGAACGAGCUGAAGGACAAGCUGGAGCUGAGCGGCUAUGAGAGCACCGAGGGAAGAGCGCUGAAGA